AUGGAGCAGGAAACACAGCAGAGUAGGGAGGAUGAUGGGUGUGAUGGCUCUGCCAGUUUGUUGUGGGCAGCCAUGCCGGGGAUGGUCUUCCAGGAGGACAGGCAGACCAGCCUUCACCCCCUUAGCUUGUCCUGGGUGUUGGGCUACAACAGCAGCCUGGCAGUGCACAGCCUGAUGGACGGGGAAGACCUGGUGCUCCUGUAUGCCACCUCCCACACCGUGGUCAUCUAUGACAUCUUGAAGAACAGACAGCACCACUUACAGGGCCACACGAAUGUCAUUUCUUGCCUGUGUGUGAGUGAAGACAGACGCUGGGUUGCAACUGCUGACAGAGGGCCGGAUGCUCUGAUCAUCGUGUGGGACUCCUUUUCUGGGAUACCAGUACACACCAUCUUUGAGAGCCAUCCCAAGGAUGGGGUCAGUGCCAUUGCUAUUUCUCACGAUGCGAAGUAUUUGGCAACCAUUAGUGCUGGUACAGUGCAGAGAGUUUGUGUUUGGGAGUGGACUUCACCCACAGAGAAACCUGUGUGCAGUGCAGAGCUGAGGCCUGAGUUUGGCUAUCAGGAUUAUGUAGUUUUUAACCCUCAAAAUCCCUACGAAUUUGUCAGCAACAGCAAAACCCAGGUGAUAUUUUAUCUGUGGGGUGAUGAAGGUUUGCAUUAUGGAGCACCAGUCCUGAACACCCAGACCUUCCACAGCGUGGUGGGACACUUCAGCCAGUCAGUUUUUCAUUUUAACAACUCCCAAGCUCUGACGGCCACCUCGUCCGGGAAGCUGGUGGUGUGGGACACGGUCGGUCCCUCCAAGGAACUGUGGGCCAGGCCACAUGGCAUGAAGGCCACCAACCUGGUGCCUAUGCAGAAGGACAGCCUUACCGUGCUCCAGGUGUUUGAGAGAUCCAUAGUUACAGGUGAUGUGAAGGGUCAGGUCAAAUUCUACAAUGGGCAGCUGCAGUUCCUCACCUGCUACAGCCACAGUGAAGUGGGUCCCAUUCAGUCUAUCUCCUUCUCCAAAACCUCUCCUGAUGCCUCCUCAAACUGCUCCACCUCCAUGAGCAGCCAGCCCUUCAUCACCAGGAACUUUAUCCUUUCAACUUCUGAUGCAACCGUGCUCCAUGUUGCAACAGACAGGACAAACUUUGAAAAAGUCAUGGAAGAGACGAAGGAAGCUGUGAAUGCCAUCGCCUGCCACCCCCGGCAGGCACGUGUGGCUGUGGGGAGUCGCUGUGGGCUGCUGAGGCUGUGGGACUAUCAGCAGAACAAGUACCUCGUUAGCAGGAUCUUCACCAAGGCGGGCAUCCAGUGCUUGUCCUAUGACCCUGAAGGUUAUUUUCUGGCUGUUGGUUGCAAUGAUGGAAGUGUUUACAUCCUCGAUGCCAUUUCCCUUCUGUCCAGCUGCAACGAGCUCAGGUUCUCACACGGUCCUGUGACUCAUAUCAGUUUCUCUCACGAUUCAGAGUACCUCGCAACUGCUGAUGAGAAAUACUCAGUGACUCUUUACAAGAGAGUCCUGCAAAACGGGAGCGGGUGCUGGGAACACCUGGCAGGGCUGCGCUCCCACUACAAACCCAUCCGGAGCAUCCUCUUUGGGGUCCAGAUAGACAGCAAUGAGCCCAGACUCUUGAGCCUUGGGGAGGACCGGCAGCUGGUUGAAUAUGACCUGAAGAGCAGCAGCAAGGACCACUUGGUGGUCUUGCACAGGGACCGAGUGGAGCAGGCUGCUGUGCCCCUGUGCUUGGCCUGGUACCCACAGCUCAGCAAAGAGUCCUUCAUCCUCACUGCCAACAACUGCUACAAAUUGAAGCUCUACAACACAACGACCAAAAUGUGCAGAAAGACCCUUUUGGGACCAACCUAUGGCUCCCCUUUGGAGAAGAUACAAAUCCUUCCAGCAACAAACACUGUGGACCCCCAGAAACACUAUCUGGCGUACAUUACAAAGGAUAAGGUGGGUUUGCAGAUUUUGCCUGUUGAUGGCAACCCCCACAAGUCCUCAGCCUUCAUUUGCCACCCAGAUGGUGUCUCUGACCUUGCCAGCUCCUUUGAUGGACGCUACAUCUUUACAGCAGGGGGGAAUGACUGCACUGUUAUGAAAUGGGAGGUCAACAUAAAUGCUUUGGAUGCUGCUGCUUCCCUGGGCGGGGAAGGCUUGAUCCCAUUCUACAACCUACUGGAUGGUGGCAGAGAAGGCGAAUUCUUCAAGGAGCUGGAAGACUAUUUUUACUACAUGCAGCUGCGCAACCAUGGUGUCAAUACACUGGAGACUAGAGAGGUGUCAACACAUAUUCCCUUGGAGGAAAUGCCUUCUGUCAUGAGAGCAAUGGGAUUUUAUCCAUCAGAGGAAAAGAUUGAAGAAAUGAUAAAUGAAGUAAAAUUCAGCGAGUAUGUGGAUACUGGAGAACAAGUGACAAAAAUCAAUUUAGAGGAUUUUAUCAAACUUUAUAUAAAUCAUCGACCUGUGUUUGGCUUGUCAAUGACAGAAAUACAACAAGCGUUCCAGGUUCUUGGUUAUGAUAAUGAGAACGGAGACAAAGUUAUUGACAGAGGAGACUUACUGUUGCUGCUCCAGCUCAGAGGAGAGCACAUGACAGAGGAUGAGCUGGCACAGUGUCUGACCACCCUAAUGGGCAGGCGUCCUGGGGGAGGAGGAACCGAACCAGACACCUAUGAUCCCUCAGGUGCAGCAGCUUUGACUGAAGAAGAAAUUCCAGCAGAAAUCACAGCAAAGAUAUUCACUGCUGACAUUCUCAGCUUACCUGUUGCUGAAAAAAUGAACAGAAAAAAAGAAGAGAUGAAUCUUUGA